AUGGAGCAAGAGCUGAUGGAAGUACAGAUGGCAGUCAGAAUUUUUUACUCUGUCUAUUUAUUUGUUCUGGAUACUUUUGCCAAGGCAUUUCUGAGAGCUUGGAAUGAUGCAUGCCAAUGGAGAGGAAGAAGCAAAGUUUUGAUUCCAUUGGGGAACUACAUGUUGAAUUCUGUCACAUUUGCAGGGCCAUGCAAUGGUGAAAUGAUAUUUGUGAUUAAAGGGACCCUAAGGGCACCUACUAAUCCUGCAUUAUUUUUCACUAAUACUUGGAUUGGAUUUCGUUAUGUGGAUAAUUUGACUCUGGAGGGUGGUGGAUAUUUAGAUGGUCAAGGUGCUGCUGCUUGGCCUCAUAAUGAUUGUAGCAAAAAUAUUGGAUGUUUGCCCCUUCCUAUUAGCUUGAGGUUGGACUUUAUUACAAAUUCCAGGAUACAGAAGCUAAGGUCGAUUAAUAGCAAAAACGCCCAUAUCAACCUUUUUGCAUGCAACAACAUAAACAUCAGUCAUGUCAGGCUGUCUGCUCCAGGGAACAGUCCCAAUACAGAUGGAAUCCAUAUUGGUUUCUCAAACAACAUCAAGAUAUCAAGUGUCAACAUUGGAACCGGUGAUGAUUGUAUAUCCAUGGUUUCAGGCAGCCAAAACAUUGUCAUUUCUGACGUCUUCUGUGGUCCUGGCCAUGGAAUCAGCAUUGGAAGCCUCGGAAGAGCCUUUGCAAAAGAAUAUGUGAUGCACAUUAAUGUUGUCAAUACAACUUUCAGGAACACUCAAAAUGGUGUAAGGAUCAAAACUUGGUCACCUUCUUCACCUAGUUUGGCUUCAGAUAUUAAUUUUCAGGACAUUAUCAUGGAUAAUGUUAACAACCCUAUCAUCAUUGAUCAAGACUACUGCCCCUUUUGCUCCCCAACGGGUGGUGAAUCCAUCUCACAAGUUCAGAUCAGAGAUGUAACAUUCAGGAACAUUUCGGGCACAUCUAGUUCAAAAGUUGCUAUAUACUUGCAAUGCAGUAGAGUGGUGCCAUGUCAUAAAGUGAAGCUUGUGGAUAUAGACUUAGCUUACAGAGAAGCAGGAGGACCUGCAAUUGCAUCUUGUUCUAACGUUUAUGGUGCUUCGUAUGGCAAACAGGUGCCUUCUGGUUGCCUAUAGUCUCAAGUCACAUAUUUCUCAGAC